UCUCCCGCUUUCCAUCCCCCCGCCCCAUUCUCCCGCUUUCCAUCACCCCACCCCAUUCUCCCUCCUUCCAUCACCCCGCCCCAUUCUCCCUCCUUCCAUCACCCCGCCCCAUUCUCCCGCUUUCCAUCACCCCGCCCCAUUCUCCCGCUUUCCAUCACCCCGCCCUAUUCUCUCGCUUUCCAUCACCCCGCCCCAUUCUCCCGCUUUCCAUCACCUUGCCCCGUUCUCCCGCUUUCCACCACCCUGCCCCAUUCUCCCGCUUUCCAUCACCCCGCCCCAUUCUCCUGCUUUCCAUCACCCCGCCCCAUUCUCCCUCCUUCCAUCACCCCGCCCCAUUCUCCUUCCUUCCAUCACCCCGCCCCAUUCUCCCGCUUUCCAUCACCACGCCCCAUUCUCCCGCUUUCCAUCACCCCGCCCCAUUCUCUCGCUUUCCAUCACCCCUCCUCAUUCUCCCGCUUUCCAUCACCCCGCCCCAUUCUCCCGCUUUCCAUCACCCCGCCCCAUUCUCUCGCUUUCCGUCACCCCGCCCCAUUCUCCCGCUUUCCAUCACCCUGCCCCAUUCUCCCGCUUUCCAUCACCCUGCCCAGUUCUCCUGCUUUCCAUCACCCUGCCCCAUUCUCCCGCUUUCCAUCACCCCGCCGCAUUCUCCCGCUUUCCAUCACCCCGCCCCAUUCUCCCUCCUUCCAUCACCCCGCCCCAUUCUCCCGCUUUCCAUCACCCCACCCCAUUCUCCCUCCUUCCAUCACCCCGCCCCAUUCUCCCUCCUUCCAUCACCCCGCACCAUUCUCCCGCUUUCCAUCACCCCGCCCCAUUCUCCCGCUUUCCAUCACCCCGCCCCAUUCUCCCACUUUCCAUCACCCCGCCCCAUUCUCUCGCUUUCCAUCACCCUGCCCCAUUCUCCCGCUUUCCAUCACCCUGCCCAGUUCUCCUGCUUUCCAUCACCCUGCCCCAUUCUCCCGCUUUCUAUCACCCCGCCGCAUUCUCCCGCUUUCCAUCACCCCGCCCCAUUCUCCCUCCUUCCAUCACCCCGCCCCAUUCUCCCGCUUUCCAUCACCCCACCCCAUUCUCCCUCCUUCCAUCACCCCGCCCCAUUCUCCCUCCUUCCAUCACCCCGCCCCAUUCUCCCGCUUUCCAUCACCCCGCCCCAUUCUCCCGCUUUCCAUCACCCCGCCCUAUUCUCUCGCUUUCCAUCACCCCGCGCCAUUCUCCCGCUUUCCAUCACCGCCCCAUUCUCCCUCCUUCCAUCACCCCGCCCCAUUCUCCCGCUUUCCAUCACCCCGCCCCAUUCUCCCGCUUUCCAUCACCCCGCCCCAUUCUCCCGCUUUCCAUCACCCCGCCCCAUUCUCUCGCUUUCCAUCACCCUGCCCCAUUCUCCCGCUUUCCAUCACCCUGCCCAGUUCUCCUGCUUUCCAUCACCCUGCCCCAUUCUCCCGCUUUCUAUCACCCCGCCGCAUUCUCCCGCUUUCCAUCACCCCGCCCCAUUCUCCCUCCUUCCAUCACCCCGCCCCAUUCUCCCGCUUUCCAUCACCCCACCCCAUUUUCCCUCCUUCCAUCACCCCGCCCCAUUCUCCCUCCUUCCAUCACCCCGCCCCAUUCUCCCGCUUUCCAUCACCCCGCCCCAUUCUCCCGCUUUCCAUCACCCCGCCCCAUUCUCCCGCUUUCCAUCACCCCGCCCCAUUCUCUCGCUUUCCAUCACCCUGCCCCAUUCUCCCGCUUUCCAUCACCCUGCCCCAUUCUCCCGCUUUCUAUCACCCCGCCGCAUUCUCCCGCUUUCUAUCACCCCGCCCCAUUCUCCCUACUUCCAUCACCCCGCCCCAUUCUCCCGCUUUCCAUCACCCCACCCCAUUCUCCCUCCUUCCAUCACCCCGCCCCAUUCUCCCUCCUUCCAUCACCCCGCCCUAUUCUCUCGCUUUCCAUCACCCCGCCCCAUUCUCCCGCUUUCCACCACCCUGCCCCAUUCUCCCGCUUUCCAUCACCCCGCCCCAUUCUCCUGCUUUCCAUCAUCCCGCCCCAUUCUCCCUCCUUCCAUCACCCCGCCCCAUUCUCCUUCCUUCCAUCACCCCGCCCCAUUCUCCCGCUUUCCAUCACCCCGCCCCAUUCUCCCGCUUUCCAUCACCCCGCCCCAUUCUCCCGAUUUCCAUCACCCCUCCUCAUUCUCCCGCUUUCCAUCACCCCGCCCCAUUCUCCCGCUUUCCAUCACCCCGCCCCAUUCUCUCGCUUUCCCGUCACCCCGCCCCAUUCUCCCGCUUUCCAUCACCCUGCCCCGUUCUCCCGCUUUCCAUCACCCUGCCCCAUUCUCCCGCUUGCCAUCACCCCGCCCCAUUCUCCCGCCUUCCAUCACCCCGCCCCAUUCUCCCGCUUUCCAUCACCCCCUCCCCUUCUCCCGCAUUCCAUCACCCCGCCCCAUUCUUCCGCUUUCCAUCACCCCACCCCCUUCUCCCGCUUUCCAUCACCCCGCCCCAUUCUCCCGCUUUCCAUCACCCCGCCCCACUCUCCCGCUUUCCAUCACCCCGCCCCAUUCUCCCGCUUUCCAUCACCCCGCCCCAUUCUCCCUCCUUCCAUCAUCCCGCCCCAUUCUCCCCGUCUUCCAUCACUCCGCCCCAUUCUCCCGCCUUCCAUCACCCCCGCUCCAUUCUCCCGCUUUCCAUCACCCCGCCCCAUUCUCCCGCUUUCCAUCACCCCGCCCCAUUCUCCCUCCUUCCAUCACCCCGCCCCAUUCUCCCUUUCCAUCACCCAACCCCAUUCUCCCGCUUUCCAUCACCCCGCCCCAUUCUCCUGCUUUCCAUCACCCCGCCCCAUUCUCCCUCCUUCUAUCACCCCGACCCUUUCUUCCUCCUUCCAUCACCUCGCCCCAUUCUCUCGCUUUCCAUCACCCCGCCCCAUUCACCCGCUUUCCAUCACCCCGCCCCAUUCUCCCGCUUUUCAUCACCCCGCCCCAUUCUCUCGCUUUCCAUCACCCCGCCCUAUUCUCCCGCUUUCCAUCACCCCGCACCAUUCUCCCUCCAUCCAUCACCCCGCCCCAUUCUCCCGCUUUCCAUCACCCAACCCCAUUCUCCCGCUUUCCAUCACUCCGCCCCAUUCUCCUGCUUUCCAUCACCCCGCCCCAUUCUCCCUCCUUCUAUCACCCCGACCCAUUCUUCCUCCUUCCAUCACCUCGCCCCAUUCUCCCGCUUUCCAUCACCCCGCCCCAUUCUCCCGUUUUCCAUCACCCCGCCCCAUUCUCCCGCUUUCCAUCACCCCGCCCCAUUCUCCCGCUUUCCAUCACCCGCCCCAUUCUCCCGCUUUCCAUCACCCUGCCCCAUUCUCCCGCUUUCCAUCACCCCGCCCCAUUCUCCCUCCUUCCAUCAUCCCGCCCCAUUCUCCCGCCUUCCAUCACUCCGCCCCAUUCUCCCGCCUUCCAUCACCCCGCCCCAUUCUCCCGCUUUCCAUCACCCGCCCCAUUCUCCCGCUUUCCAUCACCCUGCCCCAUUCUCCCGCUUUCCAUCACCCCGCCCCAUUCUCCCACCUUCCAUCAUCCCGCCCCAUUCUCCCGCCUUCCAUCACUCCGCCCCAUUCUCCCCGCCUUCCAUCACCCUGCCCCAUUCUCCCGCUUUCCAUCACCCCGCCCCAUUCUCCCGCUUUCCAUCACCGCCCCAUUCUCCCUCCUUCCAUCACCCCGCCCCAUUCUCCCUCCUUCCAUCACCCCAACCCAUUCUCCCGCUUUCCAUCACCCCGCCCCAUUCUCUCGAUUUCCAUCACCCCGUCCCAUUCUCCGCUUUCCAUCACCCCGCCCCAUUCUACCGCUUUCCAUCACCCCGCCCCAUUCUCCCGCUUUCCAUCACCCCGCCCCAUUCUCCCGCUUUCCAUCACCCCCGCCCCAUUCUCCCUCCUUCCAUCACCCCGCCCCAUUCUCCCUCCUUCCAUCACCCCACCCCAUUCUCCCGCUUUCCAUCACCCCGCCCAAUUCUCCCGAUUUCCAUCACCCUGCCCCAUUCUCCCCGCUUUCCAUCACCCUGCCUCAGUCUCCCGCUUUCCAUCCCCCCGCCCCAUUCUCCCGCUUUCCAUCACCCCGCCCCAUUCUCCCGCUUUCCAUCACCCCGCCCCAUUCUUCCGCUUUCCAUCACCUCGCCCCAUUCUCCCGCUUUCCAUCACCCCGCCCCAUUCUCCCGCUUUUCAACACCCCGCCCCAUUCUUCUGCUUUCCAUCACCCCGCCCCAUUCUCCCUCCUUCCAUCACCCCGCCCCAUUCUCCCUCCUUCCAUCACCCCGCCCCAUUCUCCCUCCUUCCAUCACCUCGCCCCAUUCUCCCGCUUUCCAUCACCCCGCCCCAUUCUCCCGCUUUCCACACCCCGCCCCAUUCUCCCGCUUUCCAUCACCCCGCCCCAUUCUCCCGCUUUCCAUCACCCCGCCCUAUUCUCCCGCUUUCCAUCACCCCGCCCCAUUCUUCCUCCUUCCAUCAUCCUGCCCCAUUCUCCCUCCUUCCAUCACCCCGCCCCAUUCUUCUGCUUUCCAUCACCCCGCCCCAUUCUCCCGCUUUCCCUCCCCCCGCCCCAUUCUCCCGCUUUCCAUCACCCCUCCCCAUUCUCCCGCUUUCCAUCACCCCGCCCCAUUCUCCCUCCUUCCAUCACCCUGCCCCAUUCUCCCUCCUUCCAUCACCCCGUCCCAUUCUCCCGCUUUCCAUCACCCCGCCCCAUUCUCCCGCUUUCCAUCACCCCGCCCCAUUCUCCCGCUUUCCAUCACCCCGCCCCAUUCUCCUUCUUUCCAUCACCCUGCCCCAUUCUCCCGCUUUCCAUCACCCCGCCCCAUUCUCCCGCAUUCCAUCACCCCGCCCCAUUCUCCCUCCUUCCAUCACCCCGCCCCAUUCUCCCUCCUUCCAUGACGCCGCCCCAUUCUCCCGUAUUCCAUCACCCCGCCCCAUUCUCCCGCUUUUCAUCUCCCCGCCCCAUUCUCCCGCUUUCCAUCACCCCCGCCCCAUUCUCCCUCCUUCCAUCACCCCGCCCCAUUCUUCCUCCUUCCAUCACCCCGUCCCAUUCUCCCGCUUUCCAUCACCCCGCCCCAUUCUCCCUCCUUCCAUCACCCUGCCCCAUUCUCCCGCUUUCCAUCACCUCGCCCCAUUCUCCCGCUUUCCAUCACCCCGCCCCAUUCUCCCGCUUUCCAUCACCCGCCCCAUUCUCCCGCUUUCCAUCACCCCGCCCCAUUGUCCCUCUUUCCAUCACCCCGCCCCAUUCUCCCUCUUUCCAUCACCCCGCCCCAUUCUCCCGCUUUCCAUCACCCCGCCUCAUUCUCCCGCUUUCCAUCACCCCGCCCCAUUCUCCCUCCUUCCAUCACCCCGCCCCAUUCUCCCGCUUUCCAUCACCCCGUCCCAUUCUCCCUCUUUCCAUCACCCCGCCCCAUUCUCCCGCUUUCCAUCACCCCACCCCAUUCUCUUGCUUUCCGUCACCGCGACCCAUUCUCCCGCUUUCCAUCACCCCGCCCCAUUCUCCCGCUUUCCAUCACCCCUCCCUAUUCUCCCGCUUUCCAUCACCCCCGCCCCAUUCUCCCUCCUUCCAUCACCCCGCCCCAUUCUCCCUCCUUCCAUCACCCCGCCCCAUUCUCCCGCUUUCCAUCACCCCCGCCCCAUUCUCCUCGCUUUCCAUCACCCCGCCCGAUUCUCCCGCUUUCCAUCACCCCGCCCCAUUCUCCCGCUUUCCAUCACCCCGCCCCAUUCUCCCGCUUCCCAUCACCCCGCCCCAUUCUCCCGCUUUCCAUCACCCCGCCCCAUUCUCCCUCCUUCCAUCACCCUGCCCCAUUCUCCCGCUUUCCAUCACCUCGCCCGAUUCUCCCGCUUUCCAUCACCCCGCCCCAUUCUCCCGCUUUCCAUCACCCCGCCCCAUUCUCCCGCUUCCCAUCACCCCGCCCCAUUCUCCCGCUUUCCAUCACCCCCGCCCCAUUCUCCCUCCUUCCAUCACCCCGCCCCCAUUCUCCCGCUUUCCAUCACCCCGCCCCAUUCUCCCGCUUCCCAUCACCCCGCCCCAUUCUCCCGCUUUCCAUCACCCCGCCCCAUUCUCCCUCCUUCCAUCACCCCGCCCCAUUCUCCCGCUUUCCAUCACCCCGUCCCAUUCUCCCUCUUUCCAUCACCCCGCCCCAUUCUCCCGCUUUCCAUCACCCCACCCCAUUCUCCCGCUUUCCAUCACCCCGCCCCAUUCUCCCGCUUUCCAUCACCCCGCCCCAUUCUCCCGCUUUCCAUCACCCCGCCCCAUUCUCCCGCUUUCCAUCACCCCGCCCCAUUCUCCCGCUUUCCAUCACCCCGCCCCAUUCUCCCGCUUUCCAUCACCUCGCCCCAUUCUCCCGCUUUCUAUCAUCCCGCCCCAUUCUCCCGCUUUCCAUCACCCCGCCCCAUUCUUCUGCUUUCCAUCAACCCGCCCCAUUCUCUCUCCUUCCAUCACCACGCCCCAUUCUCCCGCUUUCCAUCCCCCCGCCCCAUUCUCCCGCAUUCCAUCACCCCGCCCCAAUCUCCCGCUUUCCAUCACCCCGCCCCAUUCUCCCGCUUUCCAUCACCUCGCCCCAUUCUCCCGCUUUCUAUCAUCCCGCCCCAUUCUCCCGCUUUCCAUCACCCCGCCCCAUUCUUCUGCUUUCCAUCACCCCGCCCCAUUCUCCCUCCUUCCAUCACCCCGCCCCAUUCUCCCUCCUUCCAUCACCUCGCCCCAUUCUCCCGCUUUCCAUCACCCCGCCCCAUUCUCCCGCUUUCCAUCACCCCGCCCCAUUCUCCCGCUUUCCAUCACCCGCCCCAUUCUCCCGCUUUCCAUCACCCUGCCCCAUUCUCCCACUUUCCAUCACCCCGCCCCAUUCUCCCUCCUUCCAUCAUCCCGCCCCAUUCUCCCGCCUUCCAUCACUCCGCCCCAUUCUCCCGCCUUCCAUCACCCCGCCCCAUUCUCCCGCUUUCCAUCACCCGCCCCAUUCUCCCGCUUUCCAUCACCCUGCCCCAUUCUCCCGCUUUCCAUCACCCCGCCCCAUUCUCCCACCUUCCAUCAUCCCGCCCCAUUCUCCCGCCUUCCAUCACUCCGCCCCAUUCUCCCGCCUUCCAUCACCCCCGCCCCAUUCUCCCGCUUUCCAUCACCCCGCCCCAUUCUCCCGCUUUCCAUCACCGCCCCAUUCUCCCUCCUUCCAUCACCCCGCCCCAUUCUCCCUCCUUCCAUCACCCCACCCCAUUCUCCCGCUUUCCAUCACCCCGCCCCAUUCUCCCGAUUUCCAUCACCCCGUCCCAUUCUCCCGCUUUCCAUCACCCCGCCCCAUUCUACCGCUUUCCAUCACCCCGCCCCAUUCUCCCGCUUUCCAUCACCCCGCCCCAUUCUCCCGCUUUCCAUCACCCCCGCCCCAUUCUCCCUCCUUCCAUCACCCCGCCCCAUUCUCCCUCCUUCCAUCACCCCACCCCAUUCUCCCGCUUUCCAUCACCCCGCCUCAGUCUCCCGCUUUCCAUCCCCCCGCCCCAUUCUCCCGCUUUCCAUCACCCCGCCCCAUUCUCCCGCUUUCCAUCACCCCGCCCCAUUCUUCCGCUUUCCAUCACCUCGCCCCAUUCUCCCGCUUUCCAUCACCCCGCCCCCAUUCUCCCGCUUUUCAACACCCCGCCCCAUUCUUCUGCUUUCCAUCACCCCGCCCCAUUCUCCCUCCUUCCAUCACCCCGCCCUAUUCUCCCUCCUUCCAUCACUCCGCCCCAUUCUCCCGCUUUCCAUCACCCCGCCCCAUUCUCCCGCUUUCCACACCCCGCCCCAUUCUCCCGCUUUCCAUCACCCCGCCCCAUUCUCCCGCUUUCCAUCACCCCGCCCUAUUCUCCCGCUUUCCAUCACCCCGCCCCAUUCUUCCUCCUUCCAUCAUCCCGCCCCAUUCUCCCUCCUUCCAUCACCCCGCCCCAUUCUUCUGCUUUCCAUCACCCCGCCCCAUUCUCCCGCUUUCCAUCCCCCCGCCCCAUUCUCCCGCUUUCAUCACCCCGCCCCAUUCUCCCGCUUUCCAUCACCCCGCCCCAUUCUCCCUCCUUCCAUCACCCUGCCCCAUUCUCCCUCCUUCCAUCACCCCGUCCCAUUCUCCCGCUUUCCAUCACCCCGCCCAUUCUCCCGCUUUCCAUCACCCCGCCCCAUUCUCCCGCUUUCCAUCACCCGCCCCAUUCUCCUUCUUUCCAUCACCCUGCCCCAUUCUCCCGCUUUCCAUCACCCCGCCCCAUUCUCCCGCAUUCCAUCACCCCGCCCCAUUCUCCCUCCUUCCAUCACCCCGCCCCAUUCUCCCUCUUCCAUGGACGCCGCCCCAUUCUCCCGUAUUCCAUCACCCCGCCCCAUUCUCCCGCUUUUCAUCUCCCCGCCCCAUUCUCCCGCUUUCCAUCACCCCGCCCCAUUCUCCCUCCUUCCAUCACCCCGCCCCAUUCUUCCUCCUUCCAUCACCCCGUCCCAUUCUCCCGCUUUCCAUCACCCCCGCCCCAUUCUCCCUCCUUCCAUCACCCUGCCCCAUUCUCCCGCUUUCCAUCACCUCGCCCCAUUCUCCCCGCUUUCCAUCACCCCGCCCCAUUCUCCCGCUUUCCAUCACCCGCCCCAUUCUCCCGCUUUCCAUCACCCCGCCCCAUUGUCCCUCUUUCCAUCACCCCGCCCCAUUCUCCCUCUUUCCAUCACCCCGCCCCAUUCUCCCGCUUUCCAUCACCCCGCCUCAUUCUCCCGCUUUCCAUCACCCCGCCCCAUUCUCCCUCUUCCAUCACCCCGCCCCAUUCUCCCGCUUUCCAUCACCCCGUCCCAUUCUCCCGCUUUCCAUCACCCCGCCCCAUUCUCCCGCUUUCCAUCACCCUCCCUAUUCUCCCGCUUUCCAUCACCCCGCCCCAUUCUUCUGCUUUCCAUCACCCCGCCCCAUUCUCCCUCCUUCCAUCACCCCGCCCCAUUCUCCCUCCUUCCAUCACCUCGCCCCAUUCUCCCGCUUUCCAUCACCCCGCCCCAUUCUCCCGCUUUCCAUCACCCCGCCCCAUUCUCCCGCUUUCCAUCACCCGCCCCAUUCUCCCGCUUUCCAUCACCCUGCCCCAUUCUCCCGCUUUCCAUCACCCCCCGCCCCAUUCUCCCUCCUUCCAUCAUCCCGCCCCAUUCUCCCGCCUUCCAUCACUCCGCCCCAUUCUCCCGCCUUCCAUCACCCCGCCCCAUUCUCCCGCUUUCCAUCACCCGCCCCAUUCUCCCGCUUUCCAUCACCCCGACCCAUUCUCUCCGCUUUCCAUCACCCGCCCCAUUCUCCCGCUUUCCAUCACCCCUCCCUAUUCUCCCGCUUUCCAUCACCCCGCCCCAUUCUCCCUCCUUCCAUCACCCCGCCCCAUUCUCCCUCCUUCCAUCACCCCGCCCCAUUCUCCCGCUUUCCAUCACCCCGCCCCAUUCUCUCCCGCUUUCCAUCACCCCGCCCCAUUCUCCCGCUUUCCAUCACCCCGCCCCAUUCUCCCGCUUUCCAUCACCCCCGCCCCAUUCUCCCGCUUCCAUCACCCCGCCCCAUUCUCCCGCUUUCCAUCACCCCGCCCCAUUCUCCCUCCUUCCAUCACCCUGCCCCAUUCUCCCGCUUUCCAUCACCUCGCCCGAUUCUCCCGCUUUCCAUCACCCCGCCCCAUUCUCCCGCUUCCAUCACCCCGCCCCAUUCUCCCGCUUCCCAUCACCCCGCCCCAUUCUCCCGAUUUCCAUCACCCCGCCCCAUUCUCCCUCCUUCCAUCACCCCGCCCCAUUCUCCCGCUUUCCAUCACCCCGCCCCAUUCUCCCGCUUCCCAUCACCCCGCCCCAUUCUCCCGCUUUCCAUCACCCCGCCCCAUUCUCCCUCCUUCCAUCACCCCGCCCCAUUCUCCCGCUUUCCAUCACCCCGUCCCAUUCUCCCUCUUUCCCAUCACCCCGCCCCAUUCUCCCGCUUUCCAUCACCCACACCCCAUUCUCCCGCUUUCCAUCACCCCGCCCCAUUCUCCCGCUUUCCAUCACCCCGCCCCAUUCUCCCGCUUUCCAUCACCCCGCCCCAUUCUCCCGCUUUCCAUCACCCCGCCCCAUUCUCCCGCUUUCCAUCACCCCGCCCCAUUCUCCCGCUUUCCAUCACCCCGCCCCAUUCUCCCGCUUUCCAUCACCCCGCCCCAUUCUCUCUCCUUCCAUCACCACGCCCCAUUCUCCCGCUUUCCAUCCCCCCGCCCCAUUCUCCCGCAUUCCAUCACCCCGCCCCAAUCUCCCGCUUUCCAUCACCCGCCCCAUUCUCCCGCUUUCCAUCACCUCGCCCCAUUCUCCCGCUUUCUAUCACCCCGCCCCAUUCUCGCGCUUUCAUCACCCCGCCCCAUUCUUCUGCUUUCCAUCACCCCCGCCCCAUUCUCCCUCCUUCCAUCACCCGCCCCAUUCUCCCUCCUUCCAUCACCUCGCCCCAUUCUCCCGCUUUCCAUCACCCCGCCCCAUUCUCCCGCUUUCCAUCACCCCGCCCCAUUCUCCCGCUUUCCAUCACCCGCCCCAUUCUCCCGCUUUCCAUCACCCUGCCCCAUUCUCCCGCUUUCCAUCACCCCGCCCCAUUCUCCCUCCUUCCAUCAUCCCGCCCCAUUCUCCCGCCUUCCAUCACUCCGCCCCAUUCUCCCGCCUUCCAUCACCCCGCCCCAUUCUCCCGCUUUCCAUCACCCGCCCCAUUCUCCCGCUUUCCAUCACCCUGCCCCAUUCUCCCGCUUUCCAUCACCCCGCCCCAUUCUCCCACCUUCCAUCAUCCCGCCCCAUUCUCCCGCCUUCCAUCACUCCGCCCCAUUCUCCCGCCUUCCAUCACCCCGCCCCAUUCUCCCGCUUUCCAUCACCCUGCCCCAUUCUCCCUCCUUCCAUCAUCCCGCCCCAUUCUCCCGCCUUCCAUCACUCCGCCCCAUUCUCCCGCCUCCCAUCACCCCGCCCCAUUCUCCCGCUUUCCAUCACCCCGCCCCAUUCUUCUGCUUUCCAUCACCCCGCCCCAUUCUCCCUCCUUCCAUCACCCCGCCCCAUUCUCCCUCCUUCCAUCACCUCGCCCCAUUCUCCCCGCUUUCCAUCACCCCGCCCCAUUCUCCCGCUUUCCACACCCCGCCCCAUUCUCCCGCUUUCCAUCACCCCACCCCAUUCUCCCGCUUUCCAUCACCCCGCCCUGUUCUCCCGCUUUCCAUCACCCCGCCCCAUUCUCCUCCUUCAUCAUCCCGCCCCAUUCUCCCUCCUUCCAUCACCCCGCCCCAUUCUCCCUCCUUCCAUGACGCCGCCCCAUUCUCCCGUAUUCCAUCACCCCGCCCCAUUCUCCCGCUUUCCAUCUCCUCGCCCCAUUCUCCCGCUUUCCAUCACCCCGCCCCAUUCUCCCUCCUUCCAAUCACCCCGCCCCAUUCUUCCUCCUUCCAUCACACCCGUCCCAUUCUCCCGCUUUCCAUCACCCUGCCCAUUCUCCCUCCUUCCAUCACCCUGCCCCAUUUCCCCGCUUUCCAUCACCUCGCCCCAUUCUCCCGCUUUCCAUCACCCCGCCCCAUUCUCCCGCUUUCCAUCAACCCCGCCCCAUUCUCCCGCUUUCCAUCACCCCGCCCCAUUCUCCCGCUUUCCAUCACCCGCCCCAUUCUCCCUCCUUCCAUCACCCCGCCCCAUUCUCCCGCUUUCCAUCACCCCGUCCCAUUCUCCCUCUUUCCAUCACCCCGCCCCCCAUUCUCCCGCUUUCCAUCACCCCACCCCAUUCUCCCGCUUUCCAUCACCCCGACCCAUUCUCCCGCUUUCCAUCACCCCGCCCCAUUCUCCCGCUUUCCAUCACCCCUCCCCAUUCUCCCGCUUUCCAUCACCCCCGCCCCAUUCUCCCUCCUUCCAUCACCCCGCCCCAUUCUCCCGCUUUCCAUCACCCCGCCCCAUUCUCCCGCUUUCCAUCACCCCGCCCCAUUCUCCCUCCUUCCAUCACCCCGCCCCAUUCUCCCUCCUUCCAUGACGCCGCCCCAUUCUCCCGUAUUCCAUCACCCCGCCCCAUUCUCCCGCUUUCCAUCUCCUCGCCCCAUUCUCCCGCUUUCCAUCACCCCGCCCCAUUCUCCUCCUUCCAUCAACCCGCCCCAUUCUUCCUCCUUCCAUCACCCCGUCCCAUUCUCCUCCGCUUUCCAUCACCCUGCCCCAUUCUCCCUCCUUCCAUCACCCUGCCCCAUUCUCCCGCUUUCCAUCACCUCGCCCCAUUCUCCCGCUUUCCAUCACCCCGCCCCAUUCUCCCGCUUCCAUCACCCCCGCCCCAUUCGCCCGCUUUCCAUCACCCCGCCCCAUUCUCCCGCUUUCCAUCACCCCGCCCCAUUCUCCCUCCUUCCAUCACCCCCGCCCAUUCUCCCGCUUUCCAUCACCCCGUCCCAUUCUCCCUCUUUCCAUCACCCCGCCCCAUUCUCCCGCUUUCCAUCACCCCACCCCAUUCUCCCGCUUUCCAUCACCCCGCCCCAUGCUCCCGCUUUCCAUCAACCCGCCUUAUUCUCCCUCCUUCCAUCACCCCGCCCCAUUCUCCCGCUUUCCAUCACCCCGCCCCAUUCUCCCGCUUUCCAUCACCUCUGCGGAGAUAACUACUACAACGGGAGCUAG